AUGGCAACGGCUGGUUACAUGCAACGCUUACCUAGUGGCCUGGCCAUUUGUUGUACAAUACCGGAUAUUUUCUACCUGCCCGAACUUGUCUUUGGUGGGCUGGUAUGGAUCCUGGUGGCGUGCACCUAUGUUGAACCACACAAUCCUCAGGCCUAUGUGAUGGCUGUGUCAGUCUUCUGCUUUUGCGUGACCUUUAUCUGGAUGGUGGUCUUCUUAUGUGGUUCACACCACAGCAGCAGAGGCUGGGCAGCAGCGGAUGUGUUCUAUCAUGGAGUAGCAGCCCUGCUUUACCUCAGUGCUUCUGUGCCACUGGCCUACGUGACCGUUUUUUUGGGAAAAACUGCCCCAAACGAGCAACGGUACAAGUUCGAUAUUUCUGCUGUGGUGUUUUCAUAUGUGGCCACUUUACUUUACGUCGUCCAUACAAUUUUCUCAGCCAUCAGAUGGAAGUCUUUUUAA